AUGGAAGAUAAGGAAGGAGAAAAGGAAAAGGAAAACCCAGAUUCCAUGCCAGGCCUGAUGACAAGGGGAAGGCUACAGAAACUACAAGGAAUAACAAACCCAAAACCAACAAAUAGAAGAUACCUGGAAGAUGAAUUCAUUACGCCCAAAGCAAAAGCACAAAUGCAAAAGGGAGAAAGCCACCCAUACGGAAAAGUAAUGGGAAAAUGGGUACCUAGACCAAUAUGGCCACCAGGUCAGAUGAUGAGAAUGGGAAACCCGCAGAAAAUCAUGCCAAAUAACCAGAACUACAUGAUUACACCAUACCAACAGCAAAUGGCACAUCAACUGGCACAGCAAAUGAGCCAAAUGCCGCCACAAAUGACACACAUGACAAUGCCACAACCAGGAAUGCCAGUACCACCAAAUAAAAUGCAAACACAGCACGGAAUGCAAACACUAAGCCCGAAAAUGGCGCAAAUGAUGCCGAUGAUGAUGAGACCAGGAACAUACGGACCGAAGGGACACCAACAAGGACAGCCAAUGCCAAAAAGUAUGAGACCAGUGCCAGUAAUGCCAGGAAUGCAGAACAUGAACCCAAUGAUGUACGCACAAAUGAUGCAGAGAAUGGCACAGAAGUCACCACCAUACGUGAGAAACGCAAUGAUUAAAGCGAAAAUGACGAAAACAUCAGUGUCGCCGAAGAACAUGGAAACGUUCCUGAACGAUAACUCAUCAAGAGAUGAGAAGAUCGACCUGAACGAACAGCUGAGAGAAGAAAUAAAAAAGAUACUAAACCAGGAACUGGAUAGAAUCAACGAUCUAUACACAGAUAGAGUUAACUUUGAAAAGAAGGGGGAAGUAAAUUUACUAAGUAAAAAAGAAUUAAACGGAAUUAAAGAAAAUAGUAACAAUAGUAGAGAGGCUGAAGAAAAAGAAGAAGUAAAAAGACCAUUUACAUACGUAAACGAGGAUGAAAUAGUAGAAGUGCUGAUAGAAAGAUUUAAACAAGUGCUGGAGGUGCUGUGGAGCGAGACGAAAAAGUGCCACGAAUAUAGCUUAGACGAAACGUACAUCAAGCUGUCGACAAUGAUAAAGGCAGAAGAAGAGGAAAAUAACACGCCAAGGUCAAGGAAGAGAGGAAAGAAGAAGACGAAGCCGGAGCUGGUGGUGACGAGGAACUACAGUAGCCUUAAGACACUGUUUAUGAAGAGAGACCAAAUAGAAAAGUUAAUGGCGUCAUACAGAACAGCCUCAAGAACAACGGGAGGAAACAACUACUUCACAUUCUCAUCAUUUAACACAGGGCCGAUCCACAACGAAGGGGAAACCGUUAACGAGGGAGAAGAGGAGGACUUGUUCCUGAAGAAGGCAAUGGAGUACGCAGACGUGGCCUCGAACCAGAAAAACCUGGCGAACAUCGUAACGGCGCUCGACUUCAGAGCGGCGCUGGCAGGAGACAGCCUGCUCGAAUACCUGCCGGGUGUAUUCAGAGAGACGCUGAUGGAGGCAGUGAGCUACCUGCACUUCGACCUGGGAACGCCGCCGCCGAUGUCCCCGAAGAUGUCGAAGCAGGAGCCGGAGCAGGACGCAGUGCUGAACAAGGUCUACGACACGCUGCAGAGCUUCCAGAACUCGGACACUCCGCCGAAGCAGGCGCCCAUGAUGCCCGGAUUCGCGCCGUUCGUGCAGAACUUCGGCGCCUUUAACCCGGACGAGAGGAUGAAGGAGAUGAUGGCGGGCGCGGCCCAGGCGAAGCGGCCCUUCAACGUGCCGCCAGGGAUGCCGAUGUUCCCCGGCGUGCAGCCGAUGCACAGGAGCGUGCCCGGAGGCAUGCCGCCGAGUCUGUCACCGAGUCUUCGGCCAAACAUGCCGCCAACUAUGCCGCCGAAUAUGCAGCCAAACAUGCCUCCUAAUAUGCCCCCAAACAUGGCUCCAAACAUGGUGCCCGGGAUGCCCCCGGGAAUGCAGAACCUGCCAGUGGGCGCAGGCAAGGGAGUACAGCUCCAGCCGGGACCGAAAGGCUUCAGCAUUCCGCCAGGCAUGAUGCCUCCGCAGAUGGUGAUGCCGAACAUGAUGCCACCUCACAUGGCGAACAACCAGUUUUAUAAAGAGUAA